GAUCUCAUCUCGGCACGUUCGUCGCCUCGUGCGCAUCACCACUUCACCACAAUCCCCAUUUCCCAAAGCUCGACCAAAGCCGUGACACUCCUCCCCGCCGCGGCCCAAACCCUAGCCACCCCCGCCGAUCCCAAUGGCCGCCGCCCACCACCGGCCCCUCCACGCCCUCCUCGGCGGCGGCGCAGUCGCCGACCUGCUCCUCUGGAGGCGGAGGAACGCCUCCGCGGCGGCCGUCGCGGGCGCCACGCUCGUCUGGUUCCUCUUCGAGCGCGCCGGGUACAGCCUCGCGUCGGUCCUCUCCAACGCCCUCCUCCUCCUCGUCGUCAUCCUCUUCUUCUGGGCCAAGUCCGCCUCGCUGCUCAACAGACCUCUUCCACCACUGCCUAAUCUAGAGGUCUCAGAUGGGGUCGUUGAGAAAGUUGUAGGUCGGGCUCUUGUAUGGAUAAACAAGGUGUUGGCUGUUGCCCAUGACAUUGCCAUCAAGAGAGACCGGACAGUUUUUAUACAGGUUAUAAUGGCUCUAUGGGUGGUUUCAUGUAUUGGGAUGCUCUUCAACUUCUUUACGCUCAUUUACAUUGGUGUACUACUCGCUCUGUUGGUUCCCCCGGUAUAUGAGAGGCACCAGGAUGUUAUUGAUGAAAAGGUUGGUUUAGCACACAGCAUACUGUCAAGGCAGUUGAGUACCGUCGCUAGCAAGACAGGGCAACCACCUAAACAAAAGAAGGCUGAGUAGAAGAAAUAUUUUGGCCCAUUUGGAAGCUCUCCAGUUGUCCAGUGCAGUUCGCCUCGUCCUCAGAGUCUAUACCGCGAUCCAUCCACCGCUGAGAGUAUUUCUGGAUAUCCAGGGCAUAAUGUUUAACUGCUGAUACGUGGGUUUAGAUGCACGCUCUUCAAUCUGGGAAGUGGAAUGAUUUGUAUAUUGUUUCCAUGAACAUGAAACUUGUCGAGGUUUACCAUGGGCACAUCUUGUGGAUAAUGCUGUAUACCUUUGCUCGCAACAUAGCUCUCUCUACGUGCGAUGUUGUGUCUUGCAUGUACAAAUGCGGUGCUUGCUCGUGU